AUGCGAUUUACGCCCCACCGAAACCCGCAGUUCCAGUACGAUUCUGGCGAGCCCGUGUCGGGGUACGACUCAUUGUCAGACACAGAGGACGAGAUCGAAGAUUUGGGACAGGUGCUGGACACACUGGACCUGAAAAGCCGGUUUGACUACGUGCUGAAGAUGUGCGAUUUCGAGGACGGGAGCCCGUCUCCGGAGGUGGUAGACCGCACGAGGGAGUCUUCUGUUGAUGCGGACGAGGACGAGGUGGCAACGAAGGACGAUUUCGACCCACUGGGGUAUUUCACGAGCAUGUUGUCUGAACGGCUAGAGCAGAGUAAAGAGCGAGUUUUGCAUGUUAUAGAAGCCGAAGAGGAGCGCAAGAGGCUGGAGGAGGAGCGGCGCAAGGAGGAGGAGCGCAGAAAGGCGGAGGAGGAGUGCAGGAGAAAGGAAGAAGAACGCAGAAGGAUAGAAGAAGAAGAACGCAGGAAGAAGGAUGAGGCCGAGAAAAAACGGCAGCUGGAGCUCGAGCAGGCGAGAAAGCGCAAGGAGGAGGAAGAGCAGAAGAAGGUGGAGGACGAGAAUCGUCGAAGGGAGGCCGAAGAGGCCGCCAAGAAGGCCGAGUACGGCAAAACCAACUAUGUGGCUGUUGAACAGCAGUUCUUCAAGUACAAGCAAGAUAUCGCAGACAUCAAGCGAGACGUUGUGGAGAAAAUGAAGGAGCCGGCCAACAAGGAGCUCAAGAAGCUUGUGGGCGUGCAGAAGCGCAAGAUCAACCCGAAGUUUGGCCAGCUGACGAACAGCGAGCCGCAAUGGCAGCGGAUCAUGUCGCAGAUCCACGGGCUGGUCACCGAGGCCAAGAGCAACGAGCUGGCGUACAGAUGGCUGCUGAACUUCAUGGCCAAGGCGAUCAUUUCGCAGGCAGAGACAGAGGUGACUGUGAAGCCGGACAGCGCAGUUCCGCUGGCGAAACUCGCUCUGAAUCUGCUGAUUGUGUUUCCGGAGUUCGAGUACUACCUGCUGGCGCGGUUUGUCAAGAAGUGUCCGCUCGUGAUUGGCUACACGUGCACGAUCGACACAGAGGAGGGCCGGCUGCGUAUGGGCUGGAAACGGAAGGCAGACGGCAAAUGGGAGGAGGAUAUCCAGUACGACGAGCGGCUUUCUGGCAUAGCGACGGUGUACGCUGUGAUGUGUCGGCUGCAGAUCGACGCGUCGUUCCUGGGCUGCGACGCGGCCCAGACCAGACACCCGCUUCCGAUAUCGCGAGCAUGGACGAUGAUGAGCCGGCUGGUGAACUUGCCGCUGGAGCUGGCCACCAACGUGCACUUCGCGGUGGCCGGGAUGUGGUGGGACUCGUGCGCAGCGCAGAUAUGCGCCGCGUACGGCAGACAGGGCGCAAAACUGCUGCGGGUCACGUGCGCCGACUGGACGCAGGCCGUAGCCGAGCGCAAGUACAGCGGGGCGGCUCGGUUGCGGCUGCUUGGCGAGGAUUGGCAGCGGGGCGGCGAGCUGAAGCAGUUCAAGGGCAUGACGAGCGAGGACGUGCCUGAUAGCUAG